GAGCGGGGACAACAACUGGGGCUGGAGACCCCCUGGAUCGCUUGCUACAGGGUUUGGAAAAGGUGAUCAAGGGAACGAAGCCUGAGGAGAUUUCCAAGUCUGUGGUGGAAGCGCCAAAGUUGCCAGAGGUCACAGAAACAAGCGCGGUGGACUUUGGUGACUGGCUGCAUUGUGUGGAGAAUGUCAUGGGUGACCUCAGCGCAAGCAGUGCUGAGUGGUGGAAGAAUGUGGUAGAGGACGCAAUGGACUACUACAAGAAGUAUCAAGAUGCAGACCAGUUUGGACGUCUGGCUUUGAAGCCGGAGCUUAGUGUUGACACCGCGGACCCCAAAUGGUCACGGGUUGACAGGAGGGGAGCCAGCAUUUUGUUGGCCUCAACGCCGGAUGAGAUCCGUCGUGACUUGGUGGCAGCGAGGGCAAGGACCACUUUGGAAAUCCUUGCAAGGCUCAUGAUCGUCUACAGGCCAGGGAGUGCUACGGAAAAGUCAAUGCUGCUCCGCAAGGUGGAGUCGCCGGAACCAGCAACAACAGUGCAGGAGGCGAUAGCAGCGUUGCGCCAAUGGUCCAGGUUCUACCAGAGGGCAAAGGAUCUGGGCUUGGCGACACCAGACCCCAGCAUUCUGUUGAGGUCCCUGGAAGGCAUGGUAAAGCGCCCCGUCAGCGAGCACAACGGCAUCGCUUUCCGCAUGAACCCGAUCAGGUACCAUCUUCGUGUGGACUUCGCCCCCAGUGAAACGAAUGUCCUAGCCAUCCACCGUGCCUACCUGGCCGAGUUCGAGCAGCUUGGUUACAAGAGGGGCAACAAGGUCAAGGAUGAGCCGAGUGGACAAACGCAGGCUCGAAUCAGAGCCGUGGAAGCACCUCCGGGAUCUACACCUAUGCCGAGUUCCACGCCAAGGAAUGGGAUCAACAAGCCGUGCAGGUUUUUCUCCUCGGAGGAAGGGUGCCGGAGAGGAAAAGCUUGCAAGUUUGAACACCCCAAGCUGAGUAAGUCUGAGGCCAAGGAUCGCUGUUUUGAAUGUGGAGGGCGCGGACAUAUGUCUUGGGCGUGCCCUACCAAGCAGGAACGACCGCAGCAGCGAGCCUUGUCGAUGAACGAUUCGCCUCAGUCGUCUACGGGAGGCACAGGCAACAAGAAGGGCAAUGCUCAUAGAGGACAGGUCCCGAGGGGCAAUGAUGCUGGCCAGGGAAGCCCAGGGGCGGAACAGUCAUCCUCUACGACUACGGCAACAGAUGGACAGGGUGCAACCGAGUCACCAGUUCAGGGGGUCCCGGUCGAGCAGCUCAUUGAGGACGCUCAGAGGCUGAUGAAGGCUUUCAUGGAGCAGAAGAGCGGCCCGGCCGUGCGUGUGUUCAGAGUGGAUGAAGUUCAACGAGGCGUCGAUGGUUCAUCCCCAGCUUUGAAGGAGCUACUCAGGCAGGAAGAGAACUUCGGCAGACUGUGCCGGAUGGGACUUCUUGAUUCCGGCGCUACUCAUCCGUUGAGAGCAAAGACAGCGAUUGAUGUACCAGCGGGCCUUGGCAGCGUGAGUGUGACGUUGGCAGGAGAAACCAGGGUGCAGAUGGACCAGAACCGGGCCGGCACGAUCUUGGGAGAUGAGGGUACACAACCCAUCGUCCCGUUGGGGACCCUGGUGAAGGCGCUGGGAUAUGAGUUCGCGUGGGACAAAAGGGGUUGCCGUCUGAAGCACCCAACCAAAAGGGAGGUCAAGGUCUACACGAAGUCUACGUGCCCCGAGGUUUCGCAGUGCGAUGCACUUCGGCUUAUUGCAGAGCUGGAAGAAGCGAAGCUGACCGAGACGAUGGAGUCGUUAGCUAAGCUCAAGGCGUCCAUCUGUGCCUCCAAGACCUACAAGGAGCGGGAAUGGACUGACAACGUGAGGGACUACAUGCUGACCGGAACCCUUGAAGAUGGUUUGAGAGCUGUCAUGGGAGCGCCGUUCAUGAACCAUGUGCCUAUGGAGGAUCAGCUCAAGGUUGUUGUGGACAUUCCUACGACAGAGCAGGAAGCUUGGAAGUGGAUGAAGAGUUUUCCUCUCAACCGCUCAAGGCGUCGGCAGUUGUGGCAGGCGCAGCAGUGGACUGUGCACUUAUUCUCUGGCAAUGGGGUCAAGAAUGACCCUCUCCGUGAUUUGCCGGGUUUGCUGGAGAUUGACAGUAAGAAGGGGUGGGACCUGAAGAACGAGAAGAUGUAUGGUGUUCUCCUUUGGGCGGGUAAGGGGGGACGGAUCAAGCACGUCUUCGGUGGCCCUCCUGGAGCAACAUAUUCACCUCUACGCUUCAGGCAGAAUGGAGAGCCGGGACCCAGGGCAGUGAGGUCAAUGCACGAGCCAUGGGGACUCAAGGAGGGACUCGGGGUGGAAGAUGAAGCCCGGGUUAGAAAUGAGAAUCAGGUGCUGUUCAAGAUGAUUUGGCUCUGGCUAUGCGCGGAGGCGGCGGUUGAGAACCAAGAGUCUGGAGGAUCCCAUGUGGGCUUCUGCCUAGAGUUUCCAGAGGACCCCAAGCUUUACAUGUCAGAGGGACCCCGUCGCGACGCUUGUGUGUCUGUUUGGAGCACAGAGUUUAUGAGGCGGUUCGUGGAGGAGACGGGCAUGGUCAAGUUCCAGUUUGAGCAGGGAGCCCUCGGACAUGUCAUGAGGAGGCCUACAUGCUGUUUGAGCAAUCUGGGACUUGGUAUUAAUGGUCUAAAGGAUUCCAGGUGUUGGACCUCAAAGGAGGACGGCCAAGAUGUGGACCAGACGAUUUGGCCUCAUGGUUUCCGAAUCACCUUGGCUGACGCGAUCCACGAGUGGAACAAGGCCCUGAACCGAGUGGUGGUGAAAAAGGCGAUGUCAAAGACCGAAAUGGCAGGUACUGGGCGCCCAGCCAGGCGGGUGGUCCACAGAGAUGCCUAUGCUAUGAGUCUGGACAUUGCCGGGCCAUUCGCGGAUGGCGGCAGAGAUGAAGUGAGGGGGAGGAGAUACAAGUUUGUUUUAGCGGCAACGUACCUCUACCCCAAAGUCAGAGAUAUUCCAGAGGAUGAGCCUUUGGAUGAGGAGGAGGGCCUGGACGGAUUUCUAGCCGAUGAAGAGGAUUCCGAGGUGGAAGAACUUGAUCCGGUCGAUGAUGGGGAAAUGGACGCCCAGGAGGAGGAGUGGAAAAAGAAAGUCGAAGAGCUUAAGCAACCUAUGGAGAUGCAAAUGCUUCGAUUCUGCGUACCUCUGGAGCGUCACACAGGCAAAGAGAUUCUGGAAUGCGUUCAAGACUUGUAUGUGAAAAUACGAGCAAUGGGGCUACCUUUGACUCGCAUUCACAGUGAUCGGGCAAGGGAGUUCAGAGUCAAGCCAGUGAAGAAAUGGUGUCGGGAAAGGGACAUCUACCAGACGUUCACAGAAGGUUUGACGCCUACCGAAAAUGCUGUGGUGGAGGGCCACGUGAAGUGGCUCAAGGCUCAAGCUCGAGUACGGCUUCAAGCAGCAGAGCUGGACAAGGAGCUCUGGCCCUGCACAAUGAAGCAUGCUUGCCAGGUGCAUAACGCCAGGCAACUUGGACUAAAGAUUCCAGACCUCAAGUUCGGAUCGGUCGUGUGGGUGAAGUCAAAGAAGGACCGUGGACCUUUCGACCCCCGAUGGGAGCGUGGAAUCUACAUGGGCCCAGCGGAUGAUGUGAGAGAAGGACAUGUUGUUCGUCUGGAUGAUGGCUUGUGGCUUCGGACAUUGCAUAUGCGUACGGUGAGAGAUGAUGAGGUCGAUGAGGAGGAUGAAGCCGAGCACGUGGUGGACCUCAUUGAACCUACUCGCCGUGUGAGGUCCAAGACCAAGCUAAGUGACCCUGAGAUCCAUGCAAUGAAGGUCGGCGAGCGAAGGGUGUUGGUCGACAAGUUGUUGGCGUCACCUAUAUGGGAGUCCAAGGAAGCGAAGGUUGAAAGGCCACAAAUGAAGGAGGGCGACGUGUGGGACAGGGCGGCAUACUUAAACUUGGGAGCUUACCAGCAUGGUGGGAUUACAAGCAUCACGUCUGCCACGGAAAAGUUUGCGCAGGAGACGGAGUUGGCGGCUAAGUUGCUUGCGCUGGACCACCCUGACAAGGUCUUCAGGUCAAUCGCCUUAGUAAAGAACGCCUUGAUGCCGGUACACAAGGAUUCCUUCAACCUCAAGUCCACGGUGAACCUUGUUUCCCCACUAAAGACCGCAAAGGGAAGCUAUGUCUGGCAGGAAAUGAAGCCGGGCGACGAGUUCUACGGCAACUAUGCUUCAAUGUGGGUUAAUGGGAAAGAGGUCCCGGGGCAGAAGUUUAGCAUCGAGAAACCGAUUACUGUAAGACCUGAUCGUCUACAUGCUCCAAUGAAGGGGGACGAGGGAGAUCGGAUCGUCGCGAUCGGCUAUACAGUGAGCAAAUGGGAAAAGCUUACGGACCAUCAGUGUGAGGAUCUGAAGGACCUGGGCUUUACAAUGCCGGAGAGAAGCCCGAUGCUAAAGAUGAUGAAUGUCAACAACAGGCCGAGUACAGAAGAGAACAUGGAGGUUAGCUCAGCGACUCCAGCACCGCAGAGCCUCCAAACGUCUUCAUCGGACUCAGGAUCGAGGACAAGGGAGUACCUGCCGGAGAUGGGUGGAGAGCGUUUGGACAGUAUGGUAGUUCCAGGUGGACGAGUUGAGCUGCGUCUGAGGUGGGCCAUCAAGUAUUGCCCGGACAAUCGGGAUGCGGAAGAGGUUGUGAUGACUUCUACGCCAUUGCUGCCCUUGGGAUAUGAGGAGGAGCAGCGAAUGAGAAGUCGGGUCACGUGGCUAUCAGAGUUUGCGGAAGAAGAGCGACAAAUCAGAGCUCGCCAAGCGGAGCGUGGUGAGUAUGCCACGCAGCGGGAAAGGGUGCUCUUCUACAAGCUCGAUGAAGCGAUCGACUACAUGAACGAGUUGCUUUCCCGAAGCCACCAAGCCCGAGAAGAAGGAAACGUGAACCUCAUGGCUCUCAGUGCCACGGUGGAGCCCAGCCUCGAAGUUGAGAGUAUGCUGCAAGGGCUAACUCAGCCCUUGGAAACUGCGCAUGGUGUGGAGCUUGUUGAGGUGAAGCGAAAUCUCGGUGAGUGGAAGGAAAGCAUUCAGAAGGAGCUGUCUACGCUUUUGGACUCCGGUACGCUCCGAACUAUUCCUUUGUCGGAGGCCAGACGGAAGGCGCAGGCGGAGGAGAUUGUUCUUGUUCCGGCCAAAACUGUACAUACAGUCAAGCCACCAAGCAGUGGUUCGGAAGGGCUGUUCAAAAGAAAGAGCAGGCUGGUCAUAUGCGGCAACUAUGUGAACAGCGAUGUGGAGGUCUAUACGGCAGCAGCCAAUGCGGAGUCGGUUCGGGUUUCCCUGUCGUAUGCCGCUAAACAAAAGUGGCAUGGAGCCAUCACGGACGUCAACGCAGCUUUCACGCUUACGCCCAUGGAGGAGUCUAAGGUCAAGUACGCGAUCACUGUGCCGAAGGUGGUGGUUGAUGCAGGCUGCGUUCCCCCGGACAAGGCGUUCAUGGUUGAUCGAGUCCUCUAUGGACUCAGAGAAGCCCCAAGACUGUGGGGAAGCUUCAGAGACCGCAGGGUGGCCAAAGCACGUUUGCAGAUGGGCGGAAAGGACUAUAUGUUCUUACAGAUGGAAACAGAUCCAGCAGUGUGGCGCUUGGUGGCUUGUGAUGAGAUUACAACCACAAAGGCCCUCAUGGUGAUCUAUGUGGAUGACGUGAUGAUGUUGGGGCCUAAAAGUCUCAUUGAGGGCAUCUACAAGUGGAUCACUGAGGACGAUGACAGUGGGAAGGGUUGGAAGUGCUCAGCAAUGGAGUGGUUGGGACGUGAUCCUGUGAGAUACCUGGGAAUGGAUGUCAGAAGAAAGGAGACCAAGGACAUCACCAGUUUCCAUAUUUCUCAGGGGAGCUACGUGCAGGAGCUGCUCAAGAGCUACCCAGAGGAAGCAGCGCGACCUUCCCAAGUUCCGGCGUCUAGGGAAGUGAUGCCAAACGAGGAUGAGGAGGAGCGUCCUUUCGCUCCUUGUGAUGAGAGCCUGGUAAAGCAAGCGCAGAAGAUGGCAGGAGAACUUUUGUGGCUGGUCACCAGGACUCGCCCCGAUAUUGGGUUCUCGACAGCUCAUGUCUGUGCGGCGGCUACCAAAAGUCCUCAGGCGGCGAUCAAGCUGGCGUAG